GUGUAACCUAAGUUUGUUUCGUGCUAUUACGUCACAAGAAAUCCACCAACCACGUUGGUGCUCAUUAACCGUCACUGUCCUGACUUGUUCACAACUUGGUGUUUUCCCGAGUGUUUUUAAAAGCAACACGGGCGUCCGAUCUGUGGGAUUUUAAAGUCAAAGUCGACCUCCUCUUCGUCCUCCGCCGUCUCCAUCUCGUCAUUGCUGAUGUUUCCUAUCCGAGCGGCUCCUAGUCUGGUGUGGCGAGGGGCAGACAUUCCCCGUAAAUUGAUUCUGUCCAGCGGGAGGCUCGGCUUCAGCCCACUCCCUCGGUGCCGGGAACAUGUCAGCAGCCGUGUCCGUGAAGCGGCACUGCUACUCAGAGCAGGACAGCCGGGGAAAGGAGGCAGGAACAUCCACAGCUCCGCGGCUGCUAAUGACAUCUCUGUAAACUUUGACCUGACGCAGGAGGCCUAUAGGAGCAAAGACUCGUUAGAACUGCUCAGAAGUCUGGUGGUUUUUAAACUCUGCUCCUAUGACUUCAUGGUUGAUAACAAUCAAGAGAUUAUGGGCCUGGGUCAGAAGCUUCUGGGCCAGCGGGGCUUUAACCAGUUGAUGAAGAUGACAUUUUACGGCCAGUUUGUGGCCGGUGAGGACCAGAGAGCGAUCCGGCCGUUGAUCCUAAAGAACCAGGCCUAUGGCGUUGGCUCCAUCCUUGACUACAGCGUUGAGGAAGACAUUGGCCAGAAGCAGACAGACCCUGAAGAGACAAGCAAUGCGUGCAGCUGCACUGCAGAGGAGACGAGCGUAGGCAAAGACCAAGGACAGAACAAACAUAAGGGGCAUGAACAGUCUGGGGACGGCUGUGGAGGAGUGACUGAAGAUUCCACCAAUGAGACCAAAUGUGACCAGCAUAUGGAGACCUUUAUCAAAUGCAUAAAAGCGUCAGGUGGGGGUUCAAUGGACAGUUUUUCUGCCAUCAAAGCUACAGCUCUUGGACAACCUCAGUUCCUGGUAAAACUAUCAGAGGUCCUGGUGAAAUGGCAACGUUUUUUCAACUUCCUGGCGUUACAGCUUGGAGGAGAUGGCAAAGAAAUCUCACAGCAGAAGCUGAACUUGAAUGAACUACAGGAACACUUGACCAAACUUGGUGCCAAAGGCGAUUUUUAUGGUUGGUUUUCUAAGAAGAAUGGGCAAACAUCAGGAACCAUUGACCUGCUUGACUGGAACAGCUUGAUAGAUGACAGAGCACAGACGUCAGACCUCCUUGUUGUUCCGAAUGUAAAGAAAGGUGUGCUGGAGCCACUGCUGGAGAGGUUUACCACAGAGGAUGAGGAACAGAUGAAGAGGAUAUUACAGCGUUUGGAAAUAUUAGCCAAGCAUGCCUUGGAGAACGGUGUUCGAUUGAUGGUGGAUGCAGAACAGACGUACUUCCAGCCAGCCAUCAGUAAACUGACGUUAGACAUGCAGAGGAUUUAUAACCGAGAAAAAGCGGUCAUUUUUAACACAUACCAGUGCUACCUGAAGGAGGCCUACGACAACAUAACUACAGAUGUGGAAAAGUCGCGACGCGAGGGUUGGCAUUUCGCCGCCAAGUUGGUGCGUGGGGCCUACAUGCACCAGGAGAGAGAGAGGGCACAAGAAAUGGGUUAUGAAGACCCUAUAAACCCUGAUUACGAGUCCACUAAUAGAAUGUACCACAGGUGUCUGGACUACGUGCUUGAUGAGAUUGCACUUCGCAGAAACGCCAACGUAAUGGUUGCUUCCCAUAAUGAAGACACAGUGAAAUACACCAUCAGGAGAAUGAAUGAGCUGGGUCUCUCCCCCACGGAGAACAAGGUGUACUUUGGUCAGCUGCUGGGCAUGUGUGAUCAGAUCAGCUUCCCCUUGGGCCAGGCGGGCUUCCCCGUCUACAAGUAUGUUCCAUAUGGGCCAGUGGGUGAGGUGAUGCCUUACCUGUCUCGCAGAGCCCAGGAGAACAGAGGCAUCAUGAAAGGCGUCCAAAAGGAGAGGGAACUGCUGUGGAGGGAGCUAAAACGCAGACUCGCCUCCGGGGAGCUUCUCUACAGACCGGUUCACUGA